GGAAACAAAGUUAUUGACGAUUUUAUUAGUUAUACAUUAACUAAUGGUAAUGAAUAUGGAAGAAUGAUAUUUGUUCCUUAUGAUAAAUUCAAAAAUAUAGAACUUAUUGGCGAAGAAGGUUUUAGGACUUUAAGUUAUUCACUCCAAAAUAAAUCUAUAACAGUUGCUCUUAAAAAGCUUAACAACUCUAAAAAUAUUAAUUCUAAAGGGCUAAAUGAGUUUGAUUUUGUUAAUGUAUAUUAUGAUCUUAUAUUUGUUAUGCCAUAUUAUAAUUCGGAUUUGACGCAUUAUAUAACUAAAGAUUUUUAUAAUAUUAGUUGGUAUGAUAAGAUACAUUUACAUAGUGGAAAUAUACUUUUAGACAUUUUUUAUGAUAUAGCAAAAAUAUGUGAUUUAGGAACAAGUAAAUCAGCAACAGAAAAUGACGAUAACAAUGAUAAUGAAGAAGACAACAUUUAUGGCAUAAUUCCUUAUGUUACACCGGAGGAAGAAGACCUUUUUGAAAUAAAUCAUAAUACAGAACUUAUAAUUGAAAUAUGUGAUGGUUUACGUCCACCAAUUAUUACAAAUGCGCCUAGGGGUUUUAUUAAUUUAAUGAAAAAAGUAAUUCGGGAUAUAAAUUAUAAUGGAAAUGUGGAUCAAACUAAAAUUAUUAAAUCAUCAGAUAUUGGACCUGUAACAACCAAUAACCCAGGUGCCGUAUACAAGAGUAGAUAUUUAAGCGAUAUGAUAAAAUCUGCAGCUUCUACAAGAAGUUUAAAAAGUAAUCUAUUACUUCAGAAGAAUUCAGAUCAUCAAAGAAGUUCUAAUAACCAAAAAUUUGAAGAUAAUAAUCAAUCUGAAAAUAACUUUGACAAUGGCGAAAGUAUUAAAAAAAUUAAGCUAAUUGAAGAUAAGAAUAAUGGUAAAGAAAGAAUAUCCCAAAGGGUCACCCGACAAAUGGCCCGCGUUAUGCAGAAUUCAGAGUCACAUAACAAUAAAAUAAAACAAUCAAUAUAUACGAAUUAA